AUGGACAGGCAAUCAAAUAGCAUCGUCACGUUUGGUGGUGAUGCUACACGAAAUGCGCAAGCCGGUGCCGUUAUAGUUAAGAUUGAAGAUGUCCUAGAAAGAAUUAUUGACGCGCUUAGCGAGAAUCGAGUUCUCGAUAUUCCCCUACGUAAUCGCCGGACGGGCAAUGAAAGUCUCAUCCGGUUCCCAGCAAGUACGGAGGCAGAGGCAAAAAGAUUUACAUGUGUUCUUCAGAUUCUUCAUCUUUGCUACGAAGCACUCAUUUCUGACCACGUCAUUACGAAAAGAAAUAUCUACUACCAGAAUCCAGAUCUUUUCGGCAGCCAGCAGUAUGUUGAUAAUCUUGUCGACGAUAUCGCCUUUACAUUCGGAGUUGGUAGAGACGCGUUGAGUGUUGUUGCCGCAUAUAAAGGUCUGAUUGCAGGGGGCGUUAUUAUCACGUUAAAGAACCACUCCGUUCUUGACUGUAGCUCUGAUAAUAAUGGUACCCUAAUUCCGCACGCUAAAGCCAUUCGUCGAAUUGACAUUGGGGAAACGAAAUGGAUCAUGGCUACCUUUCGUGGGCUGGCCGCGUCUGGAUACUGCGGGCUAUCCGACGCAGGUAUAGGAGUUCUUGUUACAGGGAAAGGCUAUCCAGACCUGGUGACACGACAAUUCCUUCACCUUCUACACUCAUCCUUCCCGCAAGUUCCUAUUUACGCGCUUGUCGACUUUGACCCUAGCGGUAUUGCCAUCAUGCUUACCUACAAAUGCGGUAGCCAGGGACUCGGUCAUGAGGAAAACGUGACAAUUCCGGAGAUUUCGUGGCUUGGGCCAAAGAGCCGUGACAUUCUAAGCCACACUCGCUAUUCAUAUUCGUCUCAUACCAGCCCAUCUGAUGAUUUCACUCCCCAGUCCAGUCAGGAUUCAUCUUCAUCCAGUUCAACACCUAGUAUUUCUGCUUUCGCGAUUCCAGUCGAAGUCACUGCUCACCUCAGUACUUCUGACCGACGGAAAGCGGUUGGCCUCCUACGCAGACUUGAUAACCACCCUGUUGAAAGUACAAAUGAGCCGAGCUUGGCGCACGAGAUACAGCUAAUGCUUAUGCUGAAUAUUAAAGCCGAGAUACAGGCAGUGGAUGAUUCAGGAGACAUGACAAGCUGGUUGGAUGUGAAGCUAUCAAACUAUCACCAAUAA